AUUUUAUCCCUGUAGCUGUGUUACGUUGAGAGCUGUGUUGAGGACUCAAUACCGUGGACCUGCGGGUCCUUGGUUUGAUUCUUUCUGAUCCUUGCAUAUCUUUCCUCUUCGUCCUGUUGGAGAAUCGAUAAACGACUAAGCUAUCUUUCAUUGACCUCAUCUUGCCUAAGAUGACCAGCCCCUGCGCGAAUUACUAUGGCUCUGCCAAGUGCUGCAAUAAUGUCCUGAUGUUUGGUGCCUGGUGUGAUUUCUGUCUGACCGCAGAUGCUGUAAACCCUAUGAAUAAUUUGCUACCACACCCUUCGACUCCAUCUAGAGAAUAUGUCAAACCCAUGAAUGAGAAUGUACAGAAGAAUAAGACGGCUGCUAGUAAGGAGGACACGGCGCCUUGGAAGAGAGCCUAUGUUGCUCCUCGGUCUGUUUAGAAACUUGUAUAUCUAUAUGAAUUAAGAUUCUG